GGGGGGCGAGGCGGAGGGGGAGGGGAAGGCGGCGGCGGGGAGCGGCUGCUUUUUCUUCUCUUUCGGGCCCUUUCCCGGCCUUCCUCCGCACCGACGGGGCCCGAGCACGACCGGAGACCGCAGCCCGGCCGGGAGGGCGGGCGGGCGGGGGCAGAGAGUGAAGCCGCCCCCCCGCCCCGCACAAACAAGCACCGCCGUCUGCAGCCCGAACCCGCACCCAGGCCGCCACCCCCGGCCGCCUCUUUCCAGCCCGGGAGCGCGCUUCAGCCGCCCCCCGCGCCGCCGCGGCGAGACGAGUCGGCUUCGCUACGGUGCUCGGUUCUCCCGCCGGCUCGGCAAGCGGUGGCGGCGGUGGCGGCGGCACUGGGAAAAUGGCGGCCGAGCUCCUUUUCCCUCCCCCCCUUUAAUCUGAAGCGGAGGGAGAAUGGAGCGAGCGAGCGAGCGGGCGAGCGCCGGGGACACGGGGAGGAGGGACAGCAGCGCCUCCGCCGGCUGCGGCUGCGGCGGCGAAGGGCCGCUCCACCCCGGCGCGCCGCCAGGGGGCGCCCGCCGCACCGCCCCCGCGGGCCGCCAGGAGGCGCGGCCGCCGCCGCCUCAGUCAUGGCUCCUCGCCGUGGCCGAUGUUUUUGUACCUCCAUCUGCGGAGGCCGCGGCGCCCGGCCCCAGCUACCCCGGACGUGCAGCGACGGCACGCAGCACUGCGGCAGGGGGAAGCCAGCCCUCGCUGCGGCCGAGGGUCCUGCUCGGUCGCCCAGGCUGGAGUGCAGUGGUGCAAUCACAACUCACUGCAGCCUCCCAGGCUCAGGUGAUCCUACCUCAGCCUCUUGAGUAGCUGGCACUACAGGCAUAUGCCGCCAUGCCCAGCUAUUUUUUUUCAUUUCUUUUUAUUUGUUUGUUUUGAUAGAUACGGAGUCUCCCUAUGUUGCCCAGGCUGGUCUCGAACUCCUGGACUCGACUGCUGGCAUUACAGGCAUGAGCCACCGCACAAAAAUCUUAUGAAGAGAAAUAAAUUUUUUUAAAUUUCCCCCCAAAAAAUAGUGGAUGUCCAAAAGGCUGAUUGAAAACACCUACAUACAAAAUAAACAAAUAAAAAAAGAUUUUAAAAAAAAGGCCUGGUGCAGCAGCUCACUCCUGUAAUCCCAGCACUGUGGGAGGGUGAGGUGGGAGGAUCACUUGAGCUCGCAAGUUGGAGACCAGCCUGGGCAACAGAGUGAGACCUUAUCUCCACAAAAAAAAUUUUUAAUUAGCCAAGUGUGGUAGCAUGUGCCUACAGUCCCAGCUACUCCAGAGGCUGAGGGGAUUGCUUGAGCCUGGGAGGUCAAGGCUGCAGUGAGUCAUGAUCAUGCCAUUGUAGUCCAACCUGGGCAACAGAGCGAGACUGUCUCAAAAUGAAAAGUGAUAAAAAAAAUAAAAACACCAACACAUUUCAAAUCACUCUUGGAAUAGUCAU